GUUCAACUGGUUGCAAUUUGUUAUGUGCAAUAAUACAUUAUAGUUAGCCACUUAGCUUUAAAUAAAUCUUUUUUUAUUGGUUUUAAGUAGCAUCACACUUACAAUGGCAAUCCUGUUUAUACAUUUCCAAGACUAAUGUCUAAUUGAACUAAUUUUGGUUUUGACUUCCUAACAUAAAAGAUUGGUUGAUCCUAAUUUAUUAUCUACAUAUGUUUAUGCCUAUAGUAGUGUGACUGUGAUAUUUCUAUAUAGUUUGGUUAUAAACCUGAACCAGUACUGUGUAUGCCAUCCAUUUCAUAUCCUACUUUCGAUCUUAAUACAAUCAACUUUUUUUCUUUCACAGUUCUAGUAAUCUAGUACAUAUUGGUAGUGGUGGUUUUUUCGAAAACCAUUUUCAUAAGUUCACAACUAAAAAAUGCCCUUGCAUGGUUCACUGAAGAAACAAAGCGAAAUCAACUCAUCGCCGAGACCGAAUCGAACUUCGUGUCUUCGUAAUCGACACAAUAACAAAGAUAAAGAGAGCCCAGCAUCUAGUACUGAGUCUCGAAGUGACUCUCCCUCUCUUGCAUUGUCUCCGUUUUCAUCUCGCCGAAGCUCCUGCGAAGAAAUUGUUAUUUUCCCCGAUAAAAAAGAAGAAAAGUCUAACAUAAAGAAAAACCAAUUAAGUAAUUUCAACCAAGAGUUUGAAGAUAUACACAGCUCCACUAACUCAAAGCAAAUGACUGGAUCUGCUUCAAGUUCCUCUGUUACCAGCACUAAAAAGCAUGCAACAAAAAAAUCCGAAAAAGAUAAAACUCUAGUUCUGCUUGUGGAUGAAACUCGAUUUGUGGUUGACCGACAUUUAUUUAAUGCUUAUCCCGACACCAUGUUGGCAAAGAUGUUUAGCUCAUGCAUGAUAGAUGAUCGUGGUUGGACAAAACCCAAUGCAGACGGUGAAUAUGAAAUCAGGGAACUUGUAUCCGCGUAUGUCUUUAAAGCAUUGCUUGAGUAUUACACAAAUGGAGUAGUAAAGUGCCCGCCUGGAGUUUCAGUACGAGAUUUAAGAACAGCUUGUGAAUAUUUCUUAAUUCCAUUCAAUUAUCAAACCAUUAAAUGCAACAACCUUGGUACUUUUAUGCAUGAGAUUUCAAACGAUGGAGCAAAACAACAAUUUAUCAGAUUCUUAGAAAAAGAUAUUUUGCCGUUGAUGGUAAACGUUGCACAGCGUGGUGAUCGUGAAUGUCACAUCGUGAUCCUCAUGGAAGAGGACAACGUGGACUGGGAUCCAGAUUUCCCUCCCCAGAUGGGAGAGGAGUACACAGAGACGGUGAGGAGCACUCCUCUUCAUCGGUUCUUCCGCUACAUCGAGAAUCGGGAAGUUGCAAAACUAGUUUUAAAAGAGAGAAUGUUAAAGAAAAUCAGACUUGGCAUCGAAGGCUACCCUAUUUCCAUGGACCAAGUAAAGCGUCGCAGUGGUGGUCGACAAGAAGCAAUCUACGACUACGUCCAGCGCUCUUUCAUAGCCAUGUCAUGGGAAAAAGAAGAAAGCAAAUCGCGCCACGUCGAUUUCCAGUGCGUUGCGAAGUCAAAGAGCAUCACAAACCUUGUUGCUGCUGCAGCUGACACACCAGAAGAUCAAGGCCUGUUGAUCCAAGCAGAAGAGGUGAUGAAUGAACUCCCCAACCUCCAGCUCCGAGAUGAGCUUGAUCUUGAUGAUGCUGCUGCAGAGUAAUUUCCCCAUUUCUUCAUUCGUGUCAAUUUUCAUUUUUUAAGAAAAUAUUUUGCUUUCUUUUUAACUGUGCUUGCGUGUCUUGGUAGCUUAAACCUGCUCCUUUAUUCUCGUGUGUUGUUUUGCAAAAAUACAUUUACCAACGAACGCACAACAAUGUUAUUUCAAAGCAAUUUCUAAUCAAAGUCAUGAAAUUUGCAAUCAGUAACAUAUGGGGUAUAUUAAUAAUAAAUGUGAAUGAUUGUCGUUUUUUUCAUAUAGGUUAUUGGUUAAUAAUUAAGUCUUAACAUCGCUGAUUUACUAGACCUUGAUAUUUAUCACAUAUUUUGCAUUUUGUCUUGUUUCGUAUGCUUCUCUUUACACUUAUUUAUAAAUUUACAAUUCUUCGUUUUUCUGCCUGUAUCACUUGCAAUUAAAGUUGUUUACUUUCCA